AUGCAAUGUAAACGGUCGCAAGAAGCAGCUAAUUCUCAUGGCGCAGCACAUAAUAACGAAUCAGAUAUUACGAACGACUUGACUGCCGACAAUAAGAUUGAUUGGAGAAAGAGUCAGAAACCUCUGCCAAGCGUUCCUCGCCAUCCACAAAUUCGACACAAUCUACACGAAGAUGCCCGCGCUCACCUGAAGAAAUUCAUCGAGGAAGUCUUAGCUGAAGACGAUUCACUGUCUUCUCAGUACGCCACAAGAGAGUCAUGGGCAGAGGCACUGGAAGCUGGCCUCGAAAGCUUGGGAGAGAGCAUCUCCGCUGGAGGAUGGCUGACUGGAUUCAGGCGGGCCAGAAAUGCGGAGAAGAUCCGUCCAGAUACGUCCAGAGCAAGUUUGGACCACAAGAAGGACGAGAAGACAGUCGAAGAGGUCCCAGGAAAGGCAAACACCCAGACCAGUGAUAAUGACACUCAGAGCAAGGCUUCAGACGAGGUGAUCCGCCGGCGGAAGACUCAUUCAAGUUCUACGAAUGAAGACGACACAUAUAAAGCUCAGACCCUGGAAAGAAUGCGAGCUAUUCUUUCACUUCCUGCUGUUCCUGUCCCAAAGCCCCUGCCAAAGCACUUGCUGCUCUGUGUAUCUGCACUUGCGGGCGAUGUAGUACCUUCGGGGGACCAUCAUAGCAGCGCUACUUCCAUGCACACCGCUGUACAGUGUAUCUUUCGAGAAGGAACAUUUGAUCUUCCAGAAGCUAUUUCUGACAAUCAUAGGGUUUUAUGUGGGCUUGGAUGGCAUGAUAAUUCUGCUAUAUCUGAUUCCAACGACGUCAGAGUCGUAGGAGGGAGUUUCACAUUAGUUGGCGUUACAUCACCCCUACAGCACGAACUUCUAUGCAAGGUCUUGCGCAUAUCAUUGUACACAUAUCUCUCUUUACUACUGGAAACAUUCGCUCUACUUGAAUCCCACGCUCAAUUGCAGUUCCCAAAGCCACGACGUUCGCCUUUGCCCCCAGUUCCUCACCAUGCAGAAGAACAUCCUGUAAAACGUCCCACUCUUCUUUCACCGGGUCACAGCAUAUUUUCGUUUUUUACAAAGAAGAAAGAUGAUUUUCUUCACAGAACAUUUAACAUAUCUCCCGUCGUUGAGCGAGGCGGGUCAUUUGAUCUCCCGAUUUCUGGACCUUUCCAUAACCAUAACCCAACCCCGGCAUCCGCAGACAGUACCUUCACUCGUUUACGUAGUCUUUCUUUCGUAUCGGAUCGACUGUCAACACCAAUAAUAAGGAAGGAUGACACGGAGAAUGACCCCCCUUUCAUGUCGACUCUUAGGCGGAUUGAGAAGUAUAAGGCUCUUCUCUCCACUUCUCCUGGGGUAUCUUCCUCAGUGUCUCCACCUUCACUCCUUACUAUCAUAGCCGAAAAAGAAAAAUCAAAUCCAUCUCGUUUACUCCAAGGGGACGAAAAGGCUGGUUUGACGACAAUUCUUGGUUGGAGUGGGAGAGAUGUACGAGGAAAGGGUAUGACCGGUUUGGCUGGCUUCGUGCGCCAUCAGGAAAUAUCAUUUCUGCGUUCUGAACAAGUUCCUUCCACUUCAAGCUCCACACUAGCACCAGCAUCUGACUCAACCAUUCCUUCGCCUUCGGCUACGCAAUCACCGAGCAUCGUUUAUAAACCAUGUAGGAAGGCUCAGUGGGUUACUUUUCUUUACUACUCCCGUCACGCCGAUGGAAUCCUAGGCCAGACCAUCAUUGAUUGGUGUUCUGAGGCAGACAAACCGUGUUAUAACACGGCAUGCUCGGUGAAACGAGGAGCUCACGAAACCAGGUGGUACCACGGAAAUUUAAAGAUCACAGUCAAUAUAUGUAGUGCUGAAGUGGGAAGCAAGGAAAAUGGCGACAAUAUCGUCAUCUCAGAGAGCUGCAAGGUCUGUGGGGAAAAGACUGAACGUGUCCCUAUGAGUGACGGAACACAUCUACUUUCAUUUGCAAAAUAUCUGGAGCUGCUCCUGUAUUCGCCCUACCUCUGUGGGCUGGCUCGUCCAUUAUGCGAACAUAUGAUGCUGCCUCAACGACCGUGGCCUACUGCCGAAAUGCCUAUUCCUCACUCACGUUUCAACAUCAUCAGACACUUCUCUUAUAGAAAACACGCUGUCUCAUUUUCGGUCACGGAAGUAGAUGAUAUAUAUGAUUUACAAGUGCCCAGAUCUCAAAUAUUGAAGAACAAUGGAAGUAAAACACCAGAUCGAAUAUUUUUUCAAGGCAAAGAGUCCGAUCAAGAGGAGGCCAGAAAGGUGCUCAGAAGAGAGAUCAAGGCUUGGUGGCAAGCCGUUUCGGAUCAUAUGGAUAGUCUAGAAAUAGCUUUUGAUGACCACUCACGAUUCUGGCGCAAGACGUUACCUCGCUUACCAUCUGAAGACGACGCAUAUGAUGGAGGAAGUGAUGACACCCAUACUACUCCUAAAGCUCGCGUAAUUUCCCUUCCGCCUCUGCCUAGUAGUACAUCUGAUCUCCACUCGCCCAUGCCGAAAAAGGGAGAUUGGAGCUCUCACCCAGAAUCCAUUUCCCUACCGCCUACUAAGCCGAGUUCACCACAGCCAGGUUUACCCAUUUCUCCUACUGCUCAAAAGCUGGCACCAGACAAUGUUGAGAGCACCCCGAGGCCAAAGAGUACUCUUCCAUCUAUCCUAGACCAAGAUGCUCAAUCUCUACUCCGUCUUUCCAGUCUGCGACACUCUUUUCAAAGAACAGAGCAAUCCUUAUAUACACAGCUCUCUCAAACCCCUGUAUCAACCCUCAAUGACGUUCGCCAUUCGUUUAUAUGCGCUGCUCGGGGCGCAAGUAAACGUCUCAAUGCAUGGCAGACUAAACAUUUACCAAGAUCUCUGGGUAAGGGAAAAGCUGGAGUAGGCUUCUUGUCUGUUCAGGAGCCUUCUUGGUGGAGUAAGGGUUGUCAUGCUGUCCCAGGUGGUAAUUUUAUAAUUCAAGAAGAUGACUGGGGGAGCAUCAUCGCGUUCACACUUAGCUGCACUGAUUUUCAACGUGAAUUGUCAGGGAUGGCGUCCAAUCGAAGUAUAGCUGCUGAUACCUCAGUCCCCACCACGCCGAACUCGAUUUCUGAGAACUCUUCGUUCUUUAGCGCAAACUCCUUGAGGUUUUUUUCUUCAUCUGCUAAACCUGAUCCAGAUCAAGAAGGGGUCGUUUGGUAUGAAGCUGAUGCCUACUCCGCUGUCAUCACUCGCAAGGAACAUUCUAAAGAGUACACCUCUUUACUUUCUUUUAAGGAUGUUCUACGUCAAAGAGCACCUGGGGAAUUGUCAAGUGAGAGGAGUAGCUCCUCUGGGGUUAGUAGUGGAGGUAUAUCUUUGGCAUCAUAUGCCAAACCGGCAGUCGAGGUUAACUUGGAACAUGCCGGAGGCGAGGUCAGCGGACUACCUGAAGCGACGGAGACUCGGAAGCUCCUGCAAGAGUUGGAUGCAUCUUCUGCCAGUGAUACUGCGUCUCUGUCGGGUAGCGUGUUGUCAAACUCCGAGUUCAUACAGUCUCACAUACAACGCGGUAAUGCCUCUAUGGUGUCCACUGACAGUAACUCCACGGUUGGACCAGAUACGAAUAACAUCAAUCUACCUCCUUCACCUCCCCCAAAAGAUCCAGCAGCCCCACAACGGAAAGAUUCAGCAUCAACCACCACUAGCCAACUACUAUUUUCCGAGAACCCUGCUCCUACACCUACAUCGUCCAACUUCGGUUCUACCUUAUCAAGUGGUUUUACGAAUGCCAUGCGAUAUUUUCUAUCCACUGGAGAAGGUUCUCAAUACACAGCUGCGCAGGAUUUCAGGAACAAGCAUGGACUUCUUCUUACUGAUUCACUCUAUAUUGACGAACGUCCUCAUAUCAAGUACGACUGGACGAUUGGAAAGCGGCUGAAGUUCAGCUGUACGGUUUACUAUGCGAAACAAUUCGAUGGCCUUCGGAGGAAGUGUGGUAUUGAGGAUAUUUUCGUCAAAAGUCUUUCCAGGAGUACCAAUUGGAUGGCCGAAGGCGGGAAAAGUAAAUCGAAUUUCUGGAAGACCACGGAUGAUCGAUUCAUCAUCAAAACUCUAGUUAAUGCUUGGAAUGUUGCAGACCUACAAGUCUUGAACGAUCUCGCGCCAUCAUAUUUCAGAUAUAUGGAAUCCACGGCAGGCAAGCCAACUGUACUCGCAAAAUUGCUAGGUUUCUACACUGUUGAGAUCAGGAACCUAGAGAGCGGGACGACGCAAGCAAAGGCAGAUCUUUUGGUGAUGGAAAACCUGUUUUACGGAUAUAAUAUUUCCAAAACAUUUGAUUUGAAGGGUAUUCAAGAGCGAAAGGUGAAACCCAAUGGUGUUGGACCGCAGCGACGAAGAACGCUCUUUGAUGGAGAAUGGGUUGAAGAUCAGCAAAGGUCCAUGCUAUUGAUUCGACCCCACUCCAAGUAUGUCAUACGUGAAGCAAUAAAGAACGAUGCAGAGUUCUUGGCUAAAAGCAAUAUCAUGGACUACUCACUCUUGCUUGGUGUUGACGAAGGGCAAAAGCGCAUCGUUUGUGGUCUUGUCGAUACGAUAGGGAGCUACACCUUUGCCAAAACAUUAGAAUAUAAGGCAAAGCAUGGCCUCACAGGAGGUAAGGCCGUGACUGUAGUGCCACCCGCGGAGUAUCAGCAACGUUUCGUUACUUCCAUGGAUGACUAUUUCGUCGCCUGUCCUGACAAGUGGUCUCGCGGUGUUGAUUUGGAGUCUGGGCCGGAAUCUGACAUGUACGCAUCGAGGAGGGCAGGCGAUUGGACGGCGCUGCCCAAUGUCCUAUAACUUUUCGUCGGAAGUAUCACCAAUUCGUUGAAGAUUUAAGUUAUACGCGAGUGCUCGCGUUUCAUUUUCUCCCUUACCUAUGCAACCUUGACAGUUGAGCACAUCAUAUUAAUGUUUCUACUCGUGUAUGUCUACCUCAGGAAUCUCAUGUACUACUCCCUACUUCGACGACUUCACCUUGAAUAUCAAUAACUGGACAAUGGAGCUCCCUUGCAAAUCCCAAACAAAA